CUGCCCCUCUCUGCCCGUCACUACGGUGAUCCAACAUGGCGCUGCUGAGCUCCUCGUUGACCCGGUUCUGUUGUCUCAGGACAAACAGGAUAAAUAAUGGACUUUAUUCCCCUUACCUGCCCUGUCAGUACAGACUCUACUCCACGUCUCAAGUCAGACGAGGUUUGGGGCGAUACGUCCAGAUAGUCAACUCCAAAUAUGAAAGUUUCCUCAAAACAAGAUUUCCUCGCUUCUUCCUGCUCUAUCACACUUUUGUGGAAGGGAUCAAGCUGCUGUUCAGAGACGGUAAAGAAGUGAGGAGGAUAAAAGUGAACAUGCACUCUGACAAACUGCAGUUCAAGGAUCUGCCCUACAGGGACAUGGAGAAGCUCCGACAGUUCCGCAGAGACUUGGGGAAGGCCCUUCCUCUGCUGGUGAUCUCCAUCCCUCCCUUUGCCAACUACCUGGUGUUCCUCCUGAUGUACUUCUUCCCCCGGCAGCUCCUGAUCCCUCACUUCUGGACCCCCCGGCAGCAGCUGGAGUUUCGGGGUGUGUCCCAUUCGGUGCGGGUCCAGCAGCACCAGCCCGUCCUCUCUGGGCUGCAGAACCUGAAGGUCUGUGAGGGGGUUCUGCAGAAACGCCUGCAGGACCUCUGCGUCAAAGUGCAGAACGGAGCGACUCCUCAGGUUUCUGAAAUCCUGGCCGUGAAAAAACUAUUCUCCGGACCGCCGCUGGGCAUCAAGAGGAUGAGCAGCGAGCAGAUGAGGCUCGUCUCUCCGCUCCUCUUCCUCACCCCUCGUCUCCCCAGCUUCCUGAUGUCUCGCCGGCUGCAGCGUCACGGAUCACAACUUCUGCAUCUGGACCGAGCUCUGAGUCGCAUGGGAGUCCAGAAACCUGAGCGAGGCCGAGUCAGACAGGCGUGUUUCCUGCGCGGCCUGUACUCCAGCAGUCUGAAUGUACAUAAGUGCAGAGAGUGGAUGUCCCGAUGGAUAACAUGUAAAAAGCCAUCAAAGGACUCCGAGGUGUCUCUGCUCUUGCACAGCAUCGUAUUCCUCUCUGCAAACUACCGCCACUGACAGGAAGUCCAGUGCAACCUGCUUCCUGAAGAGCUGUCCACGUGUCCUUCGUCUCGCCGGGGGAAAAAAAAACACAUUUUUUUAAACACAGUUUUUGCCAAAAUAAUGAGGUUGAAGAGAAGAGAAGCGAUGCAUGGUUGCAGACGAGAGAAAUCACGUUGAUUGUGGAAUUAGAACCGUCCGGCGUGCCGGUUGUUGUUCACCAAAUCACAGGGUUUACUUUGGGGGGAAAGCAUGAAUGUGUGUUUAUCAGAGGAGAGGUACAUCGGGUGCAUUUUUGACUUUUGGGGGAUUAUUUAAAUUGAAAUGAAAAGUUGUCACCUUGAAUAUAACGAGAACAAAUUAUAAAUAAAUAGUUAGUUGUACAAAAAUAAUUUAAAUCGCAUUGUUUUCCAUCAAUUCAGUCCACGUGGUCCAAGAGCAGAGAAAUACAUAUUUGGGAUUAUGAUUCAUUUUGAUGCACCGAGCUGUUCAGGUCAAAUUCAAUACAUGUCGCUGUUUCUCCAUCAAUGUUUAAUAUCCGGCUUUCCUCAUUUACCUCUGAGCUCACACAGUACAGCCCGCAGAGAGUUAACAUUUGACUUGUGGCAAAAGGUCUGCACACGGAUAAAUAUCUAAUUUUUUCUUUUACAUAUCAGAGUUUAGCUUCUCAUGCAUUCUCUCUCAAAGCUGGUCAAAGAGGAGAUGUGAUGCAACGGGAAGUAGUUUAGACAAAUACAAAACAAGAUGGAUGCUAAAAAAAUAAAGAUUAUGUUUUUGCAAAGACGGAUGUUGUUUUGGGAGAAUUUACUGUGACGGCACUUUAAUUAAUUGUUUACUUUUCUUCUGACUGAAGCGCAACCUGACAUUAAAGCGAUGGAUCUGAUGUUCUCAAAUGCAUGUACACGUCUGCAACACUACGCCCUGCUCCCUGUGAGGAACCUCUGUGCUGAAGUGUUCUUUCAACAGGGUCAAUUAAAGGGAUGAUUGGAUUGUUUUGAAGUGUGUUUGUAUGAGGUACUUCGCAUUAAAUGAUUCUAAUUGUUCGCAUAUUUAUAAUACUUUCACCGCUUUACCUUGCCCUCAAACACAACAUGACAUUAAGACUUCUAAUGCCUAUCAAAAGACACCAAACGAACACAGAGAGACACGCACACUCAGAAUAAUGUGAAACAGAACAUUUGAGACGAGCAGGAGAAUAAACCAGCAGGUGUUUGAUAUUCUCUCUUUAAAGAUCCCUUAAUCCAUUGAUUUAAAAACCCUCAAUCUGGUUGGUUAGUCUGUGUUAUUGUGGGACUUUGAGGAAACAAAACGUACCCUUUUUAACACACAUAAGUCACUAAAUAACAGAAACUAACUCAACUAUAGAGCCAGCAGCAGAUCAGAAACUCCUGCGGUCUUAAAUUACUUUGAGGUUGGUGUCUCGGUUCCCGUCAGAAAGAGAUGUUUUAGAGCAAAGUCAAGAUAUAGAAAUAAGGUUUAUUGCUCAGUACUUUUCUAGGUUAACAGUCAUUUGUACGUGUGUAUCAAGAAGAAAUACAAAGACAGGCAACCGUCAAGAACAUGAAGAUAGGUUAUAAGAAUUAGAGUAGAAAUAUGAAGAGUUCAGAGCAUGACUUGAGGAUUUGCACGAGUGAAAAGCUGUGAAAGUAAAGAGCUUUUUAAACCUUAAAGCAUGGAGACAUGUCACAGUAGAGACACUGAUACCUGUGGAUUUAGAUUUGUAGGAGUCUUAAAUGCAUAUCCACUACAGGUCAGAUGAGAAAUACCUCAUUUAAACACCCUAUAAAUCAUCAAACUGUCCCUUUAUUUGAUCUUAAUCUCACUUCAGGAUCUCACUCAGACGUUUCCUCCCCUACAACUACAGGAAGUUUAAAUUGUGAAAUGCUGUUUGCUUCCUGUGCUUUUCACAAGAAGCAACACAUCUGAAAUAAUAAUAUAAGCUGCAAAAGUUAUUUUCCGUUUAAUAUAUCAGGUUUUUGAAUGUUGUGUUUCUGUGCCAAUAUUACACACACUGGAUCGCAACUGUGUCUAAAAUAAAAACCUGUAAAUGGUG